AUGUUUCCGAAUUACAAGAAUUACGAGAUCUCCUGCAAAAAUGUGCAAUUCGUCGCUGCGUUCACGAGUUGCCUAAACAUGAUGGCCAUCGGAGCCAUCAUGGGCUGGAUGAGUCCGACUCUGCCGAAACUGAAGGCGAGCCCGGCCUUGGCGGACAAUCCGCUGAUGCGACCGAUCAGCAGCGAGGAGGGAUCCUGGAUCAGUUCGCUCAUGCCUCUGGGAACUAUGUUCGGUAGCUUCGGCAUGGGUUACAUCGCAGAGAGAUGGGGCCAUAAGAAGGUACUGCUGGCGAGCACUCUGCCGUUCGUCCUGGGCUGGAUACUGGUCGGCACGGCCGGCGACAUCGCCCAGAUUUACGUCGGUCGAUUCGUCCAGGGCAGCAGCAUGGCCAUGACUUUCGGAGUGCUGCCCAUUUACAUCGGCGAGAUCUCUCAAUCGUCCAACAGAGGCGGCACGAGCAUACUCAUCGAAAUUUUACUGAGCUGCGGAAUGAUCUACUCGUACUCGAUCGGCCCGUACGUGAGCUACAGGCUGCUCUGCUUGCUCUGCGCCUGUCUGCACCUGGUGUUCUUCGCCGCGUUCGCCUGCAUGCCCGAGUCGCCGCACUACCUGCUGAGCAAGGGCCUCAAGGAGGAGGCCACCAGGACGUUCGCCAAGCUGCACGACAAGAGCAUCGACGAGGUGCGCGACGACAUAAUCAAGAUGCAGUUCGAGAUGCAGCAGAAUCGCGACAUGAGCUCGAGCAUGAAGUGGCGGGAUCUGGCGAGGGACGGCUUCAAUCGGCGCGUCAUCCUCGUCACGGCCAUACUCGUCUCGCUCCAGCACCUCUCGGGCAUCGACAUACUUUCCUACUACAUCGAGGACAUAUUUCGCAGCGCCGGCCUGAACGACAGCGCAGUCUACAUAAUCGUGGCCAAGGUCAUACAGAUGUUCGGGACGGUGCUGUCGCCCGUCGUGGUCGACCGAUUCGGCCGCAAGAGUCUGCUGAUCGUGUCGAGUCUCGGAUGCGGCCUGGCCACCGUGACGUUCGGCGCCUACUUCUAUCUGAAAUCGGUCGAGUACGACGUGACCGGGCUGAGAACGAUGCCGAUCGCGGGCCUCGUCGUGUUCAACGUGUUCUUCGGCAUCGGCUGGGGCCCCAUACCCUGGACGAUCCUCGGCGAGAUGUUCGCCCCGGCCAUCAAGCCCAAGGCCACCGCCGUCUGCACGUUCACGAUGCGCUCCGUGUCGUUCUUCGCCCUGAAGAUCUUCACCAACGUGUCCGCGGCCCUCGGCCAGUACGCCAUAUUCUUCUUCUUCAGCUUCUGCAGCAUGGCCAGCGUGGUCUUCAUCCUGGUCUACAUACCCGAGACCAAGGGCAAGACCUUCUUCGAGAUACAGAACAAGCUGCAGAGCAAGAACGGAGCUGCUAAAAACUCGACGACUUUGUAA